ACUUGAUAGACCGUAUACUAGCUUAAUAGUAAUAUUAUAAUCUUUUUAACUUUGAAGAUUUGAACAAUUAUUCGAUCAUUUUCCUUCAACUUUUGACUUUCCGAUUUCUCUGCUGAUGCCUGAUAUUCUCAUAUCUAAGUACUGCGAAAGUUUUUAUGACUUUAUUUCAUAGUUAUAUACUUCAGCUCAUCAGCCAAUAAACUUACGCAUUUAAUUACAUUACACGCAAACGUAAAUUAUUUUUAUUUUUUUUUAAACGUUUGUUGCCAAUCAUUUCGUGAAAAAUGUCUGUUAAAAUUGUUCAAAAUGUGUUAAAAAGUGCACCAUUCAAUCGCAUGUACAUGUCCCAAAUAAGAAGCAAGGCAACAUUGCCCUCUUUAAACUUUGAAUAUAAAGAUUUGGAACCAAUCAUAUCACGCGAUAUCAUGGAAAUUCACCACCAAAAACAUCAUAACACUUACGUUGUAAACUACAACAAUACACUGGAUAAAUUACAGACUGCCGUAGCGAAAGAUGAUACAGCAACUAUCAUAAGCUUGUCACCUGCACUCAAGUUUAAUGGUGGUGGUCAUAUAAAUCAUUCUAUUUUCUGGGAGACCCUUACACCUCAUUCGACUAAACCUUCUGGUGAUUUGGAUAAGGCUUUAACCCAAAACUUUGGCUCAUUUGAUGAGUUUAAGAAACAAUUAGCUACAGCUUCUAUUGCUGUACAAGGUUCAGGAUGGGGUUGGCUUGGGUUUAAUCCUCAAACCAAGAAGUUGGCAGUCGUAAGUUGUGCAAACCAAGAUCCACUGUUCCCCACCACUGGACUGAUUCCUUUGUUUGGGAUUGAUGUUUGGGAACAUGCUUACUACUUGCAGUAUAAAAAUGUACGUGCUGAUUAUGUCAAUGCAAUUUUUGAAGUUGUUAAUUGGGAUGCUGUGUCCAAACGGUUUUGUGAAGCUUCUGUUUAAUAACUAUUUCAAGUUGAUAGUUCUUAUCGAGAAUAAAAUUAAGUUUAAGCAAUUAAAUACUGUAUAGAUUUAUAUGUAUGCCAGUAACUCUGUUUAGUUUCAGUUAAAAUAAAUGUGCAGUUUGAAUUUUACUAACUAAAUAUAA